AUGAAUAAACUAUAUAAAUCACUUGAAGUUAUAAAAUUACUUUCAACAACAACAUCAGAAACAUUAAGUAUCAAAGGUAACAAUGAAAAUGAUUAUAAUGUACCAUUGACUGUCGAAGAAAAUCUUAAUCAACUUGUUAAAGUUAUUCUAGUAAAUAAAAUGAAUGAUGAAUUCGAUUCAACAUCAAUGAUUAAUAAUGAAAAACGAACAUCAGUUGCUAAACUUGUGAAUCAAUUAUAUUUUUUUCCGAUUAGAUAUAUCCUCAAUAUGGAUGGUACAAUAAAAAGUGAUGAUGAAUCACGUAUUAGUAUGAAAUAUGCUACACUACCGUGUUUAUCGUAUUUAUCAACAAUUUCAUACAUUUGGUUAUCUUUACUGAAAAACCAUACAACUCCACCAGAAAAAGUUCUAAGCCGAAUUAUUACAUAUCUUUUAUCUUUAUGUGAACAUGGUGAUCCACAUUUACGUGGUGCAUGUGCAAAUUUACUAGCUAAAUUAAUUCAUUAUGAAAGUGUCUGA